AUGGGGGCGGUGUUCCAUCCUCAUCAGCAAUUUACUCAAUCAAACGAUACGAUUCUUCCAAGCUUUGAACGUACAAACCCGCAACCGCUACAACCCCAGCCAACCAACUCCUCAAAAUACUAUAGCUCAAACGCUCCCUCUUCGUCCCCCAGAGGUCAGAAGAGAUCUAUCGGACUGGCGUCUAAACCCCAGAUAGACCGGCCGAACUCGUUCUCAUUAAAUCUGGCUUCUAGUACUUCUGGUUCCGCUGGGCAGAGCAACACUGCAUACUGGCCUGGUGUCCCCUCGCUUCCCUUCAACGCUGGCCGUAACAUCCCUCCUUCAACUGCCGCAGACAGCUUGUCACAGUACAGCCAAAUCUCCCCGUAUCCUUCUUCUUCAGGAGCUUCACAACCACCAAUCUCACAACUACCACAGCAUUCGCAGUCACAAGACUCGCAGCAGCAUUCUUCUAAUCCAGUUGACCAACACCAAUCACAGCAACACUCAUCCCACACAAUGGCACAAACAUUAAUGGAUUCCCAGACAAAUUCUGGCCAUAUAUCGCCUCAGGCUUCCCAACAACAGUCGCCACUGGACCCAUAUGGACACCGUUUUCGUUACCCAGGCCCGCAACAAUCACCUAUUCCCCAGCACCCAUCUAGCUUCCAGCCUUAUCCAGGCACAUCAAUGUCCAUGAGCCAGACUCCUGUUAGUGACAGCACCCAGAGACUUGGUAUGCCGGUACAAGUUUCUGUUGAAGGCCAACAGCCUCUCCCCCAAUAUACCCGCCCAUAUCCUUCAUACUCUCUUCCGGCCAUGAAUGGCCCCGUGAUGAGCAAUGUCCAUCACCCAUCUAGCCAGAUGGCUUUGAUAGGCUCUAUGCAGCCAAAUCUCCUUCCGGGAUUUAAUAGUGGGCACGCUGCCAGCUUACAGCAGAUGUAUACGCAUCAGCAUCCACAAACUCACCAUAUGCAUGGGCUAGGUCCACCAGGCCCUCAAAACGAUAGGCCGUUCAGGUGUGACACUUGUCAACAGAGUUUUAAUCGAAAUCAUGACUUGAAACGACAUAAGCGCAUUCACCUGGCUGUCAAGCCAUUCCCCUGCAACCACUGUGACAAAAGCUUUUCGAGAAAGGAUGCUCUCAAGAGACAUAUACUUGUCAAGGGUUGCGGCAAGGACCCCCAUUCCGAAAGUGAACACUCAAGGAUUAUAAGGGAAGUUCCAUGCUCUAGCAUAGCAGGAAUCAAGGGAUGUUUCGAGAUGGAAGCAGCGCCACAUCCCCCUCCGCAACUGGAUCGCGCAAGGGUAGUAAUGGCGGAAUAUAAUCCCACCACUUGA